AGAAUGCGCGACAUCUCAUGCGAUGCAGGAAAACCUCUCCUCCGACGCAGGCAGCAAUAACGUUGGCGGAGAUAGAGCAGCGGAGGCCAAGUGAAGCAACGAGUAGACCAGAAGCAACACGGAAUAGACCCCAUCGUGUUGUUGUGAUUUCUCCAUCUAGAUUGUAUUCUACCAGGUCUUCCUCUGAAAAGUCAAUCGAUACACCCUUGAGGAUGUCAGUGGCGGGGCUGAAGAAGCAAUUUCACAAAGCAAGUCAGCUGCUGAGUGAGAAGAUAAGUGGUGUCGAAGGGACAAAGCUAGAUGAAGACUUCAUGGAGAUGGAAAGGAAAAUCGAGGUGACCAACAAAUCAGUGUUUGACCUCUUGGCCAAAACAACAGAAUACUUACAACCAAACCCAGCGUCCAGGGCCAAGCUGGGGAUGUUGAACACUGUGUCAAAGAUCAGAGGACAGGUAAAAACCACAGGCUACCCACAGACUGAGGGCCUACUGGGGGACUGUAUGAUGCGCUAUGGCCGUGAGCUGGGAGAGGAGUCCUCCUUCGGCGGCGCGUUGGUGGACAUCGGCGAGGCCAUGAAGCAGAUGGCCGAAGUGAAGGACUCUCUGGACAUCAGUGUCAAACAAAACUUCAUCGACCCACUCCAGCACUUACAGGACAAAGACCUGAAGGAGAUCACGCAUCAUCUAAAGAAGCUGGAGGGGAGAAGGCUGGACUUUGACUAUAAAAGGAAACGCCAGGGGAAGGUGCCUGAUGAAGAGAUCCGUCAGGCAGUGGAGAAGUUUGAGGAGAGCAAAGAGCUGGCUGAGAGGAGCAUGUUCAACUUCCUGGAGAAUGACGUGGAACAGGUAAGUCAGCUGUCAGCGUUGGUUGAAGCGGCUUUAGACUACCACCGCCAGUCCUUGGAGAUCCUAGAAGACCUCAACAAUAAACUACAGAACAGGAUCUCCUCAGCCAGCAGUCGGCCGAAGAAAGAGUUGAAACCAAAGUCCAUUAUGAGCAGCAUUGAGGCCAUAGACAACUCUCAACACAACACAAUGUCAUACAGCUCUUCAAUAAAAUCAUCAGACAUCCAGAUCAACCAUACAGUAAAUGGAAAUGAGAAACCUCCUUCUUUCACCGACAUCCCCCUGUCCUGGCCAGAGAGUCCCACUCGCAACGGCCACCAGUUAGAGCUGCUGGACCAGCCCUGUGCCCGGUCCCUGUAUGACUUUGAGCCAGAGAACGAGGGCGAGCUGGGCUUCAAAGAGGGUGACAUCAUCAUCCUCACCAACCAGAUAGAUGAAAACUGGUAUGAAGGCAUGAUCAACGGAGACUCCGGCUUCUUCCCCAUCAACUAUGUGGAGGUCAUGGUGCCCCUGCCCCAUUGAGACGGGGCGGAACCCAGUUGGUCCCAAUAGGAGGGGAAGAAUCUGCAGUGACACUGGAUUCAAUGGGCCAUGCUUAAAUAAGCCUGCCAUGCUCUUGUGGAGAUCUGAGAGGAUUUUAUUAGCCUGUGCAAUAGUUUCUUCCACCUAGCUUAUUAGAGGGCAAGGUGGGGUUAUUUCCGUAUUGAUUGCGUGUGUCCGAUCCCCUCAGAUGUCCAGAAGUACAGAGCUUUGCGGGUUGUUUUGGGACCGGGCCUCGGUGUCCUUCUCAUGAAACUCCGAUCCCCAGCUUCAGACUCCUGUCAUCCGUCACACGGUCAGCCUCCGACACUCCUGAACACCCUCCACCCAUGUAGAUGUGGAAUGGUUGGAUCAGUUGGGGGGCGUGUGGGUUAGGGCAUGAGGGUUGAUUUGGUAUUCCACAACAGCUCUUAGCACAGGCUACAUCUGGAACCUUGACGUCCACCACACACUCUGUUGAAUGCACUUUCCAGCUCACUUCAUUAACACCCUCCUCAGUCCACAAUGCCUUGCAUUUUGCCAUUGACAUUCAGUAAGUGUCUUACUCUGCCUGUUUUCUUUGUCUUUUGCUAUAUUUAUUUUUACGUUGUUCUUUUAAUGGUGUGUAAAAUGUGAACAUUUCGGCGGCACCUAAAGACCGUUCCAUUUGGAGCACUGACAGCCGAUAGGUGGCGGCCCAAAAAAUAUACUAAAAUAUUUAUCUGAAAAUUCGAACAUUCCGUGGUUGUAAAUUGAUUACAUUUCAUGACAGGUUUCUUAGAAGAUGUGUUUCCUAUGAUCUUCGACCAAGAGAAAAACAAAAACGUUCCUGGAAAAAACCCUAAAUACGUAUGUGUUGUAUAACCGUUCGGUGGGGGUUUGCCUGUGUAACUCUUCAAGUGUUGAUGUUAGGAGUGGUCUUUUUUUGUUCCUGUUCUCUGCUGUUAUCUUUAGGACCAAGAGUUAUUCCUAACUAUGUGACUUGACCUAGGAAACAUCUGGGACCAGUUAUAGGCUGUGGGCUGUGUAACAGGUGUCCAGAGUUCAUCCAGUUGUCUGUCUCUAAGUACCUUGCCUGCCUGUCUGCCUGCCUGCCUGUCGUGCUCUUAAGUGUUACCCACAACAUGCCUUUUUAAACUGUGAGGAACUAAACUUGCACCUGUAACUGUCUCUCUCUGUUUACACAGUCUGGUCUUACAGAGACGUAUUGACUCCCGGUAAAGACAGUCCUAGCAUCCUGUGCCAGACAGGUGUGAAUGUCAUGACACGUUUGGACUGUUUAAGUGCUUUUUAAAUGUUGUCUGUAUUGCACUGAAGCUUUAGAAUCGAAUGCACACCUACGGACAUGCACAUGCUGUACAUGUCUCUGUUGUCUCCUCGAGCCUCGCACUUUCUGUCCUUCACAAUGAGAAGAAAUAUCGAUAUCAUAUCAGUACUUUCUGUAAUCUCUAUUCUGAAUACUUACAUUGUUAUGGACCACAAUUAAACUGAAAAUGAGGUGAAGGUUUUAGAUUAAAAUUAAGUCUCAAAGAUAUUACAUUGUUUUUAGAUAUGUUUUAUUAGACGUUAUAAAAUAAAUGAAACAUUUUGAAAUGUGGACACAUUUGACAAAUGAAUGCCACACUGUCCCUCACUGAUAGCUGAGACACAAAGCAUCAAAAACUAUUUGACCCACACCAGUCAGUCUCUUCUCUUUUCCUUCAGCUUUGCACACUUGCAAGCCCCCAGAACCCCUAAAACAAACAAGUGUAUGUAGAGCCACACAGGUGAGCCUAAUUUGAAACAAAGUGGCACUUUAUUCAGAUAUGCCUCCCUAGUAUCAUGUCUCUGGUCUGAAAUGUUGCGUUGCUCAGACGUGACCUAAGAUGUCUCUGUAGCCUGAUUGUUUAUCAUUUUCUGCUGAGAUUAAAAUAUAUCCAGAGACAUUGCUCUGGAAUGGAGAAUUCUAGAACAAUUACAAAACAAUGAGAUCUUGCAAGGAAAUAUAAAAUAUAUAUACAGUAUUUGUAAAUAUAUAAAUGUUAUUUGUCUUUUUAAUAAAAAAAAAAAUCUUAUUUCAAAAGUGACUGUACUAAGCAGAUAUUCUGUCUGCCCAAAAGUCCAGAUUUGGAAUUACUACCAAAAUAAACGUAUAUUCUCUAAUAUUAAAAAAAUAAAUACAUUUCUAUCCAACUACACUAACUAAACAUGGAAAGAGCCAUGUCCAAACUAGUCUGAAGAUAAUAUACAGUUUUGGUAUUGAUAAUGAAUGUGCAAAAACCCACUUUGAAAGACUGUAAAAGUGAAUGUGUGCGUGCGUGCUUGUCCACAUCUCAAACCACACCCUAUUCAGGAAGUAUAGGGAAUGGGGUGGCUUUUGGGACCACUGUGUUGUGACUGAGGGGACAAACACUUUGCUUACAGGACGACUGGAUGUGUCCAUUUCCCCUGUUAAUGCUCUGCUCUUCUAUACCAGCUCUGAAACCAACAUGUUUAGUAUUCACUUCGGCACAAAGUUAGUCAAUGAAAACUGUCUGUACAUAACCUUUUCUUUCCAUUUUUUAUUUCUUUUCUAGCAUAAUUUAUUCAAAAAGGUGUUUUAUAGAUGUUGUAAAUGAAUAUAUUAAUACAUAUAUUACGUAAAUAAAUGAAAAGCAAAUACUGA